AAGAAUUAUUGACCCAUCAUGUCUGAGCUCCUGGAUCGAAACCCGCCUGGGCAGAGACCUAAAACUCGCACCAAACUUGACAGCGGCUACAGCGAUCACGACUCGGCAGAGUUCCUCAGGGAACUGGCUGACUCUGUGACCCAUCACCACGAUAAGGGUGACACCAAUGGUGACCUGAAGCCAGUCUUUGAGAACACGAACAGCAACACUACAGAUAUAGCUCUACAAGAUUUACGGCUGACGGAUUACCGGUUAAAAAAGUCAACGGAAAACGGGGACUUCCAUGGUUUGAAGAAGGAUGUCGAGGAAAAGGAUGAAAAUCGAUUGUUACAGAAAUCGGAGAUCGAUAAUUUAAAGGUGUUGAAUAACACUGAGGGAUACAAUGAAAAGCGAACAUUGUUGGAGGUAUUUGAUGAGAAACGGCAAGAAACACAUCCGCAAGUGGUUAUAGAGGUCGACAAAGGCGCCACCAACCCAGGUUCGGAUGUUGACGAUUGGAGCGAUGAAGAUGACGAGGACGACGACAGAGCCGGCUGUGUUUCCAGAACUGUUGUCAACAGCAGGAGACAUGUGGCCAAGGCCAUGGGCUACCUGCUAGCCAAAACCAGCGGCUACCUGACUAGCAUAGUGCUGCUUUUGGGCUACCUGGCUUAUUUCAUCGCUGCUAUGUGCUACAGAUUUGGUGACGAAGGAUCACAUAGACUGCUAGUGUGUACCAUACUGGGCGUGAUCAUCAUCAGUAGACAUCACAUCUACAGGGGAAGCCACCGAUUAUUUAUUUACAUCUACCGAUCUAAAGAGUUAUCCCCCAGACACCAGCACUUUGUAAAGACGUUUCGUUUUUUCCUGCGGUGGGCCCUGUACGGCGGUGUCACCGGUCUGAUGGCGUGGAUCAUCAUUGACCAGGCCAUCAAAGACCCCAGCAACCUGCGGUCAGUCCCUGGGAUGGUCAUCAUACUGCUCAUCUGUUUCCUCAUGUCCACCAAACCCAGCAAGGUGAACUACCACACCAUCAUCUGGAGCCUGGGCCUGCAGUUUAUUCUGGCACUGUUCGUGCUGAAAUGGCAGUUUGGCAAGGACUGCGUCAUGUGGGUACAGACUAGAUUCGAGGAGUUCUUCGGCAACUCGGCGGCUGGUUCCGCCAUGCUGUUUGGGCCUGGGUACAAUGAGCAUUACUUCGUGUUUGGGGCGCUACCACUACUAUUCUUCACCAACGGCAUCAUGACCCUGCUCUACUACUGUGGUGCCAUGCAGUUUGUGGUCAACAGCAUGGGAUCUUUUCUCAACUUUAUCCUGGACACCACGCCCGUGGAGUCUAUGGCUGUAGCGGCGGGGACCUUCAUGGAGGGGAUUACGGCCCUGACUGCUUUCCGCCCGUACCUGGGCGGACUGACCAAAUCCCAGCUUUUUUUGGUCAUCACUUCCUGUUUCUCUUCACUGGGCAGCGCUUACCUGGCCAUUCUCGCCAAAAUGGGGAUCUCCAUCGAUCUGAUCAUCGGUGCCAUGCUCCUGUCCGCCCCCGCCACCUUCACGGUGUGUAAGCUGAUUAUGCCAGAGACCAGCCGGAGGAAAGGUAAUCAAGUCAGUGACGUCGGCAACGAGAAAAGCAAGUACACGAACGUCCUAGACGCCUUCCAGGCCGGGGCUGUGGAGAUGAUGGCUGUGGUGGGGAACCUCAUCGUCAGCAUCUUCGCCUUCGUCUCUCUCAUCUCGUGGAUCAACACCACCUUCACGUGGUUCGGCGAGAGGGUUGGCAUAGAGAACCUCAGCAUAGAGAUGAUAGCGUCGUACGUCCUGUACCCCAUCCCCCUAGCUAUGGGGGUGGAGAUCAACGAUUGCAGACGUGUGGCUAUGUUGUAUGGCUACAGGCUGGGCAGCUCCAAUAUCAUUUCCUUUUUAAAGCUUGGAGAAAUGCGAAGAAACAAAGGACGAUUCUUUGAAUAUAUGAAGCAGACGGGAGGAAACGGUACUGUGACGUACAUUGGUGAUGACAUCAUUUUGAACCAAUGGAACGAGACUUUACCAUUUGGGUUUUUGUCGGAGAGGUCCGAGGCCAUCAUCACCUACGCCUUAAGCGGGUUCUCUAGUCUGUUGUCUGUAGCCAUGUUGCUGGGGUUCAUGGCGGCCUUCAUACCCAAGAGGAGGAAGUGGCUCUCUGAGAUUGCCUUCGUCGCUCUGGUAGCGGGCAAUCUGACCAACUGUCUGACAGGCUGCUUCGCGUGUCUAUUUUACUAAAGUGUAUAAAAAUGAGAGAAUCUUCGAAACAAAAUAG